AUGGGUUGCCGUGGUAAAGUCGAAUUAAGUAUUUGGCAAGUCGGUUUCUUAAUUGCUCUCUCUUUAAUUUGUGUUGUUGCUGCUGUAAUUGGCUGGUUUCAUGCAAUAGGCCCAUUGAUGUAUGAUAGAUCAUCGUAUAAACAUUCAAAUAAACUUAAUAAUGUUACAUUAAUUCUUGAUACGCAUCAACGAUUUUCUUCAUUUCUUGAUGAUAUUGGUUCACCACCAAAACUCAACAAUCCACAUUCCUAUAUUCAAUGGACAGUUCUUCAAAUGAAUGAUGUUUAUGAGCUCAUACCAUUAAGUGGUGGUAAAAAAGGUGGUUUGGCUCGUGUAGCAACAAUACGAAAAUUACUUCUUCAAGAAAAUCCAAAUACGAUUACGAUUCUAGCUGGCGACGUUGUGAGUCCAUCGGCUUUAGGUAACAGUAUUGUCAAUGGAUCGAUGUUAAAUGGAAAACAAAUGAUUGCUACAUUAAAUGUACUUGGCCUUGAUUAUGCUACAUUAGGAAAUCAUGAAUUUGAUUUAAAUGAAACAUCGUUGAGACGACGUUUAAAUGAAUCUCGAUUCGAAUGGAUAGCAUCAAAUGUUCAUGAACUUAAUUCAACAAAACCUUUUCAUAAUGUUCUACCAUAUAAAAUCAUAACAAUAUUAAAUGUGAAAAUUCUCAUAAUAGGUUUGACAAUUGAUGAAAAUAUGGGUCCGCUAUCGUCGAAACCUUAUGUCGCUAUAACAUCUCAACAAGCAUUGCCAGACUUUACAGCACAUUUUAUAAAACGGCUUCGUCUUAAUUUUAAUUUAAAAUGGGAUGUACUUAUUUGUUUAACACAUUUAAAUAUGCACAAUGACAUCGAAAUUGUUGAACAUAAUCCUGAUAUUGAUGUCCUGAUGGGUGGACACGAGCAUGAAAAUUACUAUUUAAAACGAGGAUCAAAAUAUACACCUAUAUGUAAAGCAGAUGAUAAUGCAUUUUCAGUAUUUAUUCAUCGUUUUGCAUAUCAACCAAAAACAAAAAAAUUAUUAAUUUUUUCUAAAUUAACACCAGUUUCACCACGCUUUCUAGAAGAACCUGAAACAGCUAAAAUAGCUAACUACUUUUAUGAAGCUGGUCUACAAGCCUACAGAGAUGAUGGCUAUUUUCCGGAACGUGAAAUAUGUAUUUUAUCUGUUGGACUUAAUUUUGAUGGGCGUUCAACAGUCAUACGUUCUCAACAAACACAUUUAACGAAUGCAUUAUGCAAUGCCAUGAUGAAUGCAGCUAAUACAACAAUAUGUGUGUUCAAUGCCGGUGCUAUUCGUCUUGAUGAUCAAUUAAUGGGUACAAUAACUCAAUAUGAUAUAUUACGUUGUCUACCAUUUCCCACGAAUAUAAUAUCAUUGCGUGUUACUGGUUCAGUACUUGUGAAAGCUUUGAAUCGCGGUUUAAUGAAUAUACAUACGGGAAUGUUUAUAUCUUAUACUGGUGUACAAUAUGAUGUUCGCCAAGAGAAAUGGUUUCUUCAAUCCAAUCAUCAACCGCUCGACGAUGAAAGUUUAGUAUUAACAAUAGCUUCAAUACCAUAUUUUAUGCAAAAUACUGAAUUGAAACAUUCAUCACAAAUGCUAGCUAAACAUUUAACAAUGACACGAGCUUUUAUUAAGUAUCUUGAGAAAAUCUAUACAAAAACACCAAAUGGAUUUCCACAACAAUAA